AUGGCAAACACUAACAACACAUCCGACUCGUUUGAGGACAUCAUGGUCCAUCCUGCACUCCUCAAGGCCACUGACCUGGUUCCAGCCGAGCCCUGGAUCUCUGCCAUGGCUUUAAUCAACAUUCUGGUAAAGGAUGGCAUGACCAAGGACCUGCUGCUCGUCUUUGAGGGCGAAGCAGAUGGAGUCAGGCGCUAUAACGGUUUUGAUGACCUUUGGGACGCCAAAGGCGACUGCAAGGUCAGGAUGGACAGUCAAGACGUCUGCUUCGACAGCAAGAUCAUCUUCGGAACCAACUCGCAAGAUCUUAUCUCACUGGUCUCAGAGGGCACCCAUUACCACUUCAAAUUGCCCCCACUUGGCGAGGAUAUGGAGAAGGUCGACAGAUACAACCUCGCUGUUCGCAACUUCAUCGCAACCAUCAUCCACAAGCCCAUCGUCGGAUGUGAUCUGGUGUCCGCUCUGAAGGAUCUUCAGAUCAUCGUCAAACACAUCUUCAAGUUGCAGUAUCAACCAGAGAGGGCUGCCGACUUCGUCCGAGACUACGUGCAGGAACUGAAGCUUGACAACUUCACCAACAGACCUGCCGACAUAGGCAGAUUUCUGGCAUGGACAGAAGAGGUUCGCUGGUCAAGAGCCUUUGUCGAAACCUUUGCUCACUGCGUGGGCAUGCUUAACUGCGGAUUCCUGGACCACGAAUCUCUGGAUGCUCUUUCGCCGACAACCCGUGCUCUCCUGGAGCACAGCUGCACGCACACGCACUAUCGUCUCUCAUCUGCCGAGAUUCACAUGACCAUGUUCGGCAUCAAUUCUACCUUUUUAGAUGGGCUCCAGGACCAUGCUGGUGUCAAAAAGUCACUCCUGGCUUUUCAAAACUUCCUCCAGCAGCAUUAUGCCCAGGUUUAUGGAACAUGGCCACCACUCGUACACCAGAACAGUGGUCACUGGUUGACUCGCUCGGUGGCUCAACGCUUGCAACAAGACUUCGGCAAUCUCUAUGAUCUACUUGUCGACAAGGACAUCAACAACGGACUGACCACUCCCGCUCGUGCUGAUUCCUUCAGAUGUGCGCUUAACCGAAGACAGCUUUUCGCGUUAUGGGACCGUCAGAAUGGCUUCAUCUGCCUGCCACACUCCGAUCCCAAGGCACCGGACUACUCUCCUACCAAGAUCGUGGAGCAAGAAGAGGAGAAGGGCGCCAGACGCUCUUCCCUCAUCCCAGCUGUUCGGAAGCACUGCAAGAAGGCUCCAGACCUUGCCAACAUCUACACACAUGCGAUCAACGCCGAGACGCACACCUUCCUGAACCACGAAAUCUCAACCAAGUAUCAACAGAUGGACACGCAUGAAGGUCGUCUCGGCCGUUGGAUCAUCGUCUACUGCAUGAUGCAGCUCCUGUCCAGAGUCGCCGUCGACAUCCAAGGUCUUCGCUACACCCUGGGCGUCGAGUAUCAUCUCAAUGCCGACCUCGACGGCACUCCACCAUGGAACAUGAACGACUUUCCGGAAACCAUGCGUCCAGCCGGUCCUCAGUACGCAUGGGCUGCACUGUUCGCGAGAGCCGCCAUGCCACCACCCGCCUCUGGUACUCCGCAGAGAAAGGCGACCAAGGCCAGAUUCAAGGUCGUUCAUUUGGCUGAUGGUCGUGUCAUGCUCAAAGAUCCCGAUGGCCACGUUGUCUUCAGAUAG